GCACACGUCAUGCUGCAAUUUUCCCGUGCCCCGUCGCAGUGCGCGCGGCUGCUGGUGGUGAUGGCGCUGGUGGCGGCGGUGUGUUGUGGCGGCGGCUGCCGUGCCUCCUCGCUGGCGUACCCCUGCACCUCCGACGCGGUGAUGCGCGGCAACGGCAGAUUGAAGUCUGCCGCUGUGGUGGUGAAGCCCGUCCCUGCGCCGGGAGACGCCCAGUCGGGGGAGUACGUUGUCGUGACGGAAGGCUGGGCGCCGAUCCGCAUCGCGGUGUCGACGGAGGACCUGAAGGACAACAGGAAGUACUGCAGCUUUUCGAGUCUUCGAAAGUGGAAUCUGCUGGGCGACACGCAUGCCGACUGUACAGCUGAUGUGUUGUCGUCCCAGCAGAAGGACGCUCUCGUCGGGGGCGUCGUCCCUGCCGCCGUCAAGCUGCACGCGGAGCGACUGCUGGUGCGGCCGCUGAAGGGGCCGCUGAAGGUGCCCGAAUUUGCCGCUGACAGCGUUUGCGGCCAGUUCACAGUGCCCGCCGCCCACCGCUCCCCGGGCGUUGAC